UAACCCUUUAAUGCGCCAUCUGUACAUGGAAUGUACCCGCAUAUACCCUCAGAUUAUUCUUGAACUAGGGAGGACGAUCUUCCUGGCUUCAUCCACAUUGACCUCAAGUCCGCCGAAGUAUUUUUACCACAUUUAGACUAGUUCGAAGCAUAAUUGCGGGCUCGGAAGGAAGCAGAUAGAUCUCCAUGAUAGGACUAGAUCGCGUUAGGCCACACCAAGCACAGGAACCACACAAUGAUAAUCGAGCAUCUCACCUCCAAAGAAAACUAAUUCCCUUCUUUGAAGCUAGGUUCGCUUCGAACAAGAACAAGGUGUAUGACACGAACCGUUCGAACCAAGGUAACACAAUGAUGGAAUUUGCUUCCGUGACGUACUCUCUCCCACCCGGCAAUCCUUACGGUGGCGGCGGCUUCGGUAACGGCUCUUCACGUUCAGGCGACAGGCGCGACCGCAAUCGAGCCAGCCUCUUUUGCCCUAUGCAUCAAGCCUCCGGUCACGACCUCAAUAAUUGCACGAAGUUCCCAGGCCUCGUCGAUCAGGCAGUGGUGACUCGCCUCCUGCAGCUAGCCACGGGAAGUUCUCUUUCGGGUACGAAAGAGGAUAAACCCCCACAGCACCCCUCGAUCUCCCAUCACGUCGUGACGCCAAGUUGGAGUGUCUGUGUGGCGAUCGCAAUGACGAGGGGGAAGCUACCUUGAAGGCGCUCCGAGACGAUAUUCAGAACAAGACGGUGUCAACACACAAGUUUGAGAAGAAGCUAAAGGCAAUCGAGCAUGGUUUCGCCGACAUCAAGAGACAGUGGGGGCUCGGAAGGUGCUGGGUGAAAUGACGAGUGUCAUUGAUGCUGAUGGAGCUGGCGGUGACAAGCAGACGUGCGUGGUAGUUAGCAGGCUGGUCGUCAAUGAUACCCUGUCACAGCGGCUGACACAAAAUACUGGAGUUCAGCAAGCCUCAUCCUGUAGGAACUCUCUAUGUGUUACA